CAGCACAGAGACAGCGGUACCACAGAAUGAUCAACCCAGUACCAUAACGGAACACCGGAACACUGGGAAAAGUUCCGGUCCUCCCGGUUAAACAGUCCGGGUCUGGUCACAGUCAUGACUGAGUUUUCAGAACUUCAUGAUGCUUCGUCUAAACCAUGGACUCAGCUCAGUUCCUUCACAGCUUUAGUUUUCCUUCUUCUAACACAAAACUGUUCAGGUCUUCCCCAGGUUGUCGGUCCGUCUCAGCCGGUCCUGGCAACGGUUGGUGGUGACGUUCUUUUGUCGUGUCGGCUGGAACCUGCCGUUGAUGCUUCAGACAUGUCCAUAGAGUGGUCCAGAGAAGACCUAGACCCUUCAUAUGUCUAUGUGUGGUGGGAUAAAGAGGAACUGGAAAGUUCCAAACAUCUUGACUAUAAAGGAAGAACGUCAUUGUUAUUUAAUAAACUGGAGUUUGGAGACAUUUCACUGAAACUCUCCAAAGUGAAACUGUCUGAUGAGGGAAAAUACAGAUGCUUCAUUCCUACACUGGGUCGAGGAUCUACUGUUGAACUGGUUGUUGGUAUUGAUCCAUUUACAGUCAUCAGUUUAGCAGGACUUGGUAGAACCAGCAGCUCAGUGGAGUUACAGUGUGAGUCUGCAGGCUGGUAUCCAGAGCCUGAGGUGUUGUGGCUGGACGGUGAUGGAAACCUCCUCUCUGCUGGACCUACAGAGACAGUCAGAGGUCCUGAUGACCUCUAUACUGUCAGCAGCAGAGUGACUGUGGAGAAGAAACACAGCAACAAGUUCACCUGCAGAGUCCAGCAGAAAAACAUCAACCAGAGCAGAGAGGCUCUGAUACAAGUUACAGAUGAUUUCUUUAAUGUCCAGUCCAGUUACACUUCGACUAUCAUCGGUUUGGCUGUUAGUUCAGCUGCUGCUUUGAUCCUGUUCAGUGUUCUUUUUGUUCACAUAAGAAGACAAAACAGGAAAAAGAAGACUUUGGUAAAUGAAAAGCAAGAAGAGCUUGAACGACUGGAAAGAAAUAAUUCAGAAGCCAACAAUCAGCUCCAACAGGAGAAACAGAGAAAUGAGAAUGCUGAGAGUGAGAUGAAGACCCUGAACAGACGUCUGGAAGAGUAUAUGGAAGACAACGUGAAGUUGAUGGAGACCAAGAGAAAACUCCUGAAUGAGAAGCUGACGUCUAUAGAGACUGAGAGGAAACUGAAGACAGUGAUCCAGAAUAUGAUGCAGGAGCUGGAUGAAAUGAACUUUGAUACCAACUCUGACCCUACUGGGAGCGAUGAGAAGAAUCAACUGGAAGAGUUAGAGAAACUCCAGGAUGAGAAGCAGAAGUGGAUGAAGACUGUUGUAAACCUGAAGACAGAACUCCAGAACAUGAACCAGGAGCUGGAGCUGGCAGGACCCAUAACUGUAGAAAAGAUCAGUGAAUACGGCGGCUACAUUCGUCUCAAGAACAUUUCCUCUGAGGAGAUAAAACUGGGAGGCUGGAAGUUAGAACUACUGAAGAAUGACAGAGAAACAGACACAUACGCAUUUAAGGAGCCAUUAAAACUUCAUGCUGGAGGAAUUCUCUGUAUCUCCUCCCAACGCUAUUCAAGCACACCUUAUGGAGAUGUUAAACAGGUGUGGUUGGACAUGAUGAAAUGGAGUCCUGGAGACAAACUGAAGAUCAACCUCAUCAGCAACGAUGGAGAGACCUACAAACUGCUGUAAUGUGAAUAAACAUGUGAAACAUCUUUAUUUUUUUUAAAUUUCUGCAUUAUUCAAAGUGAGCCUUUGUUUUUUCUGCAUAUCAAAUUUAUAUUAUCUUUUUAAAAAUCAUUUUUGAGUUUUAUUUUUCUGAAGCUUGUUUUCAAAUGUCCAUUUUAUAUUUUUAUCUAAUUAAACCAUGUUCAGUUCUGUGGAAAACUCAUUAGGUUUGUUGUUUUAUCAAAGUUGUAAUGAACAGAAGAUACAACAAGAAAAGAUCAGAAAUAUGUACAACAUUAAAACAAUCAGAACAAAAUGUUUUCUACAAGUUAAAGUCAGUUUUUAGUUUAACCUCCUUUUGCUGUUCUUCAAACUUCAUGUGUCGACUGUCUUCAGGUUUUCUUCAGUAAUCUUGUAUUUUAUUAAAUAAAUCUUCUUUCACUGAA